UGGACGUCAGGCGGCCGGUGGCGGCCUUGUUCGGUGACGCCGCUGACGCCGGCUCGACGGCGCGGGCAGGGGCUGCCGAAGGAGCCGGGCUGUGACGAACCUGUUAAGCGUCGUGGGAGAGCCUGCGGUAGUCGUCGGCUCCAGGUGUCCCGUGAUGGAUGUGAGGUGGGGCGGGGCGCGAGCGUCGUGGCAGGAGGUGUAGCGGAAAUCUCCGGACGCGGGGCGGUCAUCGCAGCAACGAGGUCUUCGCGGAGAGCCUUGGGAGUUUCAACCCCCGGGGCUCUAGCCGAAACUCACGCGACGUGAACAGGACCUUCGACCAGUGAAGCCCGUCGGCCGCAGCUGCCUGCCUCCAGUGGACUGACCGCACCUAAAUGGGUUUUAUCUGCAAGUGCUGUCACCAGGUGCGGCCAUAGACAUGACGAUGCUGAACCUGACACCGUACAGCCUGCCGCCGGAUGGCCAGUGGGUGAUGACGACGGACAUUCCAGACUGGGCCCAUCUCGUCAUGGGUGCCUACCUGGCCGUGGUCGGCACGGCCGGCGUCGUCGGCAACUUCCUGGUGCUCUACAUCUUCCUCAGGUACCUGCGCUUGCGAAGUCAGGAGACGACCUUCAUAACGAACAUGGCCGCCAGUGACUUCUUAUGCUCCGUGCUGCACUUCAUGGCGGUCUACAGUUCGUUCCAGCACCGCUGGUCUUUCCACAGAUUGGGCUGUGAGCUGUACGCGGCUGGCGUCGGCCUGUGCGGCCUCGUCUCCAUCCUCACGCUGGCCUGCAUCUCGCUGGAGCGCUGCCUAGUGAUUCGCCGCGGCCGCGACCGCUGGUCACUCUCCGGGCCACUCAGCAGACGGAAGUCGCGCAGGUUCUGCAUCGGCAUCUGGGUGUACUGCACGCUGCUGGUGCUGCCGCCGUUCUUCGGCUGGAGCUCCUACAUCCCGGAAGGUUUUCUCACGUCCUGUUCAUGGGAUUACUUCAGUCGCAGCGUCUCCAACAGGACGUACUUUUUGUUGCUGUUCACCAUGGGCUUCAUCAUUCCUCUCAUCGUCAUCAUCAUUGCAUACUCUUCCAUCAUCAGACAGGUAUCCCGGCACGAGCGGGAGAUGGCCGAGGUCAUGCACUCACUGCCCGAGUGCGUGCGGGGCGGCGUCUCGUCCGUGUCGCUGAUCUUCACGGCCGCGUGGCUGCCGUACGCGGCCGUCACGCUGGUGGGCCAGUUCGGGAGCGUUGGCACCCUCUCGCAGUGGGUGACCGCCCUGCCGGCCGUCUUCGCCAAGGGCAGCGUCGUCUUCAAUCCCAUCGUCUACGGCAUCGCUCACAAACACUUCCGCAUGACGGUACGCCGCCUGAUACAGCGGAACGCCUCCAGCGAUGGCAGCUCGCAUCGGCCCGCCCGCUUUAAUUCGGUGGAGCGCCGCCAGGUGUCCACGUGGCGCACCUCCACGUCAAGCCACGUGACGAAGACCCGCAUAAGGAGACUUAAGUUUCAGAGGCACUUGCUCACGUGGCACGAGAGUAGCGGGGGCAUUGCAAGCUCAGCCUCGGUCCGCCGCGUCUCCACUGGCAUUGACCUUCAGCGGCGCCAAUCA